AAGUAGGAACUAGUGCGGCGCGGGGGAGGCGGUGGCUUUAAGCGUGAAAUGAGGCGUAGGAGAUUUACUUAAUAAGGCGGAGGGCCAAUGUACCCUGAGUGCGGAGUGGAAACUAAAUCCCGCCCGUGCUCCAAACAGCUGCAGGAGGAGGUGUCCUACCCGGAGUGGAUUAGCCGGAGUUACGUGGAGCUCAUGAGUCUGAACGAGCACUCAAUGCAGGCGCUGUCCUGGAGGAAGCUCUACCUGAGCCGGGCCAAGCUCAAAGCCUCAAGCCGAACUUCGGCGCUGCUUUCCGGCUUCGCCAUGGUGGCAAUGGUGGAAGUUCAGCUAGAACCAAAUCAUGCCUACCCUCCUGGACUUCUUAUUGCAUUCAGCGCCUGUACCACUGUUCUGGUUGCUGUCCAUUUGUUUGCACUCAUGGUAAGCACCUGCAUUCUCCCCAACAUAGAAGCAGUGAGCAACGUACAUAAUCUCAAUUCUGUGAAAGAGUCGCCUCAUGAACGUAUGCAUCAUCACAUCGAAUUGGCCUGGGCGUUUUCCACCGUCAUUGGGACGCUCCUGUUCCUGGCAGAAGUCGUUCUUCUUUGUUGGGUAAAAUUUCUACCAGUGAACAGUCCAAAGAUAUCUUCCAAUGAAACUUCUGCUGUUAGCUCUGGCCAAGCAGCUGCCAUUACCUCCACAGCGAUCAUGGUCCCAUUUGGAUUAGUUUUCAUAGUGUUUGCUGUUCACUUUUACAGAUCAUUAGUCAGCCAUAAAACUGACCGUCAGUUCCAGGAGCUGAAUGAAUUAGCAGAGCUGGCUCAACUUCAGGAUCAGUUGGAUCACAGGGGGGACCCAGUACAGUCCCCAGUUCAUUAUGCAUGAAAUAGCAUUGUCAUUGGAUAGGCCAAUGUUUCUGUCUUAGGCUGUAUUCAAAACACAAGGUCCAGUGGUUAAAGAUCUCUGCUCUGAACUAAGACUUUGUAACAAGAGUGUCUGUGCAAUAUGAGGCAGAAAUUAUUUACAGGGGUUUUCCUAUCUUCUCUGAGUAUGCUCAAUCUGCAACUAGAGUGUGAGGAUUGUCUCCUCACACUCUAUCCACCAAAGAUUCUGUUCUUUGCUAUGUAGUUCCUUGUCUAGGCACUACCUGCAGGCCAUGCAUAUAUUUCUACAGGGACAUACAAACCCAGUUGUGCUCCCUCGUUGCUGUUAAAGAGCAAGGUUAGGGACCAUAAAUGAUGUAGACUGUUUUAACUGCCUGAGAGUGCUGGUUUGCCCACUAUUCAUUCAGAGGCACAUUUAUCAAAGGUCAAAUUUCAAAUUCAUGCGAGUCUUUAAAAACUCCCAUGAACUUGAAAUUCAACCAAUUGAAAGUUAUCAAAAAAAAAUAAUAAAUCGACCCGAAAACGCGAAUCGAAUUUGAUUCGAAUUUAAAAAUCUCAAUUCAAGUUUUUUAUUUUCUCCGAAUUGAUCCCUGGAUGUCUCCCAUUGACUUAUACAGCAAUUUGGCAAGUCUUAUUUGCCAAAUAGUUGAAUUUCGAGUUCUUAAAUGGCCAGAGUAUGAUAAAUCUCGAAAAUCGAAUUCAAAUUUUUUGAAAAACUAGAAUUGAAUUUGAAUAACUCCCUAGUGGAAUUUGACAGUUUUGACCAUAAAAAAACACUCGAACAUCCAAAUUUCGAAUUUGAAUUUUCAAUUUGACCCUUGAUAAAUCUGACCCUCAGAACCAGGAGUUGUCUCAAAUAUAGUGGGGAAGAGACCUCCUGCUAAUAGUUUCAAUUCCGGCAUGCUAAGUUUUGUACUUAAUGAACACAUUAGUUUUAUUUGCUUUAUUUACUGUUUACGGAUAAGCAGCA